CCAUGUUGGAUGAUACAAACAAUGUUUAUGUCAUCCAAUAUGGCGGCGAUGACGUCAUGUAAAAACCAAGAAUAAAGAACUGAUGGCAAGGAGCCCUGAAACUUAAUCUGAACUUUCCUCCCUACCAAACCUAGGACCAAGCAAGCCGCCAACAUUAACGAAUGUCUUCAACACGAGCUCCACAAGUAUUAAAGUAAACUGGAAAACAAUUCCCAGUGACUACGUCCACGGGGUUCUUUUCGGGUUUGUGGUCCUUUAUCGCCGGACCAUGAAUGAGUCCGAAGGCACGUACAGUGAAUACGAGGUAGGACCUAACCGCACAAGCCUGGAGCUGACUGGGUUAUGGAAGUAUACCAAAUAUGGAAUCAGGGUGUUGGGUUUCACCAGGGUAGGCUGGGGAACUAUUAGCCCUGAAGUUGUGGUACAGACGGAUGAAGAUAUUCCAGGAAGGCCUCCAGAAAAUGUGUUCGCCACCAACAAAACAACUCCCACCAUGAUCCCGGUGUCAUGGAAACCAAUCCGAGACCCUUACUUCGUGCAUGGCAUUUUGUUGGGUUACACUGUCACCUAUCGAGCGAUCAGGAAUCCUAAUAAAGAACUGGAAGAAAAGGAGAAAAACGUGACAGUUGGACCCAAAACAACUUACGUCGAGCUUCAACAUUUGUCAUCUUUUACAAUUUACAGCAUCAAAGUUCGAGCAUUUACGAGAAAAGGAAAUGGGACGACUUCGGCAGUAGUUUUCGCUGAAACCUGUAAUUGCUACAGGAAAAUUUACACAAAUUAUUGGCUGAACCCUCCGUAUAUGGCUAAAGAUUGGGAUGACAACGUCACGGGCAUUUUUCCGCCAAUUCUGCAACUUAUCGUCCGCAGCUGCUGUGGGGAGUGUCGACAACACGGGUACGCGAGCAUUGAUUACCUCUCAUCGAGGCUGAACGCGUCAGCUAUGAAAAGCACUGAAAAGCAAGUCAGGGAAGCAAUUGAUGAUAUGACCGAGUUGAGCUUCCCUGUUUACGGUCGCAUGGAGCAAACGGAUUAUUCUAAUGAGUACGGUUUCGCGCCUUUAGUACAAUCGGCUGGGGUAGCGUUCAUCGUGGCUGGUGAUGAACCAGGAGCUGCUGCUAAAAUGGUGGUGAAAGCUGUGUUCGACUUGUGGCCUCUGAUCGUAACUGUUUUCGUCUCGGCUUUCUUCUCUGGAAUUAUUAUGUGGCUUUUGGACUUCUUUUUCAAUACCAAUGAGUUCCCUUCUUCUCCCAUGCGGGGACCGAUUGAAGGAAUGUGGUGGGCAUUUGUUACUAUGACAACCCUUGGAUAUGGAGACCGUGUGCCUCGUGCUAUACACUCCAAGUUGUUUGGCAUUGUGUGGAUCACAUGUGGCCUCGUCAUCAUUGCGCUGGUGAUGUCAUUCAUUACUACGUCAUUGACGAUGGAUGUAAUUAAGUCAGAUAUUCCCGUGUAUGGCUCAAAAGUUUCAGCCAUUGACGAUUCAGUGGAAUUUCGUCUUGGAAUUCGACUUAAUGCCCAAAUGGAUCGAGAGCGACGCUAUACGACACUUGAAGACUUGGCCCAAUCCCUUAAAGACCGACACGUGGACGGUGCACUUAUAGACUCCUACACUGUGGGAAGUCGUAUGGACUUAUUCAGAGGCGGAAGUCUACGUAUGAGCAAGAUGAUCGAUUACCCCUCGGCAUACGGGGUCGUCAUGUCCGGGUAUGCUAGAAAGCUGCAAAAAUGCUUCCGAGAAUUCCUCAAGGAGGAACGGGCUUCUGUAUUUGAGAUCAUCACCAACAAUGUCCAAGGAAUCACGGGAUUGCAGAAAGACAACGCAGCUGAAAAGACAGAAGGUCUGUUUGAUGCGGAGUCUACUGUCUACCUUCAGGCUGUGACGUGGUGCGGAGGUUCUUUAGCUAUGCUAACAGCUGUUUGCCUCGUGUAUGAAAUACUCACGAGAAAGAAACGCAAUCCAAACCCAAAACGAUACGAAUACAGUGAUUACCUGGAACAUACCAGCAAACGAAAUCCUCUUUAUGAAUACAACAACAGCAGGGAAACGAUGAGGAAAAUUCUCACAGACUUCCACAAGAACUGCCGCCUCAGGUUAGAAAGUCUUAAAGCAAAGCACCGACGAGAAUUGCGACUCUUGGCGCGUUUGAAACAAGAACAAGCUGAAAAAGGACAGAGUGACGCCUUGAAUGGAAAUGCUCAAAGGAGUAGCUUCGGGUUUCCUAUUCGAAGAAGCAUUGUGAAAUAUGUUAAUGGAGUUGUUCCAUAACAACUGACAAUUUUGAAAUUUGCUCCAGAAACCUAUCGUGCCGAUAAAUACAACUGUUGUAAUUUUGACAGGGCUUUACCUUUCGGAUUUGCAUUUACUCAGAAUAUCACAAUGGACCCAUGACUGUUAAACCACAAAAUUAUAUGUUUACCCCAUUGAAAAAAUAAACGCAAUCGUAUGAGAGCAUUUGCUAGCAGUUAGUAUCGCCAUUCAUACGGAAUAUUGAUUGGUGUUGUACAUUUCAUUUUUAAUGUGCGUUUCUGUGAGAAUAACAGAUAAAUUGAAUUGCUAUACAAUAUUAAAAGUUUAGACAGCAUGAUCAUUUAAUUGAUGAAACAAUUGUUUUUCAAAAAAACAAAGUAAGAAAAAAUACAAAUAAACUUAAUUGUACUUAAGGCCAAAAAUUACUUUAAUUAAUUAAGAAGGUAACCAAGAAAACUAUUAACUAUUUAACUUGGAUAGCCAAGCUUUAAGUAAAAAAUCCAAAUAACUUUACUCGUAUUUUUAUUACUAACCCUUGAAAUUGAAUAAGAAUUGUUAGUGAACAGACUUUACAAAUCUUGAGGCAGGGUUAAAUCAGCUUAACGUCAUUAUAAAAUGUACAGUGCUUUGUCUUAAUAGAUAUCGAUGUCGAGGUGAUAGCGAAGUGGUUACGAAUCAGAGUUAAUGUUCGCGUCAUAAUGACGUCAAAGCAUCUGCAAGAGUGUACAGAUUAUGAGCUCAAGAUUUCUAUCGCGUGAUGGUUGCCGAGGGCGCAGCCCGAGUUUAUUAUCACACAGAGCAAUCGAGAGCGAAUUGUUUUAGUAUAUAUCUACUAGUUGUUCAAACUUUAUGUAAAUCACCUUCAAAGACACUUUGUUGAACAGCCCAACAUUGCUCGACUACUCACUAUCUACGCAGAAUAGAUAGUGAGUAGCGUAGCAAAUAAGAGAAUGACAUUCGUGAUAGAACGUUAGAAGAUUUAUACUGACAUGUUUUAUUCAUUUUUGGAUAGUAUUGUAGCACCUUACACGUGACGUAAAAAAAACUAAUAGUAUUCUUUUCAGAACCUAACACGAGUUUCAGUUUUGGGACCCAAAACUUUAUACGCUCCUUGUGACGUCAUUUUAACAUAGGCUCUGAUUGGUCAAAAUAUAUAGUGACCAAUGAAAUUAACUGUGUCAGUGAUCCUGUUGUGGACCAUUUUGACAAUUUUUCAACCAGGGAUAGCAGAAAGCUAAAAAUGUAGAAUAUAGUAUAUUAUGUAAGGAUUCCUGUUUCAUGACUUUAGGUCUUAGUUAUGAUCUGAUGAUGGGUUACAAACGCAUGAAGUAAUAUCAAUUUAUUAUAAAUUGAAUACUAUAAUUGUUUCCGAGGAAUGAAAAAUUUGAAAUUAUAUUAAUGGCAUGCUAAAAGGGCGUAUACAUUUUGCAAAUAUUUGAACUCUCAACUUCUAUGAUGUAUUAUAUGUAAGAAUCCAAUUGCUAUACAACUGCUGGUCAGACAAUACCUUAAUUCUAAUCAAUGCAUGUUUUUAUUUAAGUUCUAAGUUUCUGGUUUUUAAAUUCUUUAAAAACCAGUAAUAGUUGUAUUUUCUUUUGUGUCAUUUUGGUUAUAGUAAUCUGAAACAAAAGAAACUAAGAAUUCAAAAAGCUUUACUAAGCUUCAAACUGAAAAAAAUUCUUAGCUGUACAACAGUGACUGUCGUAACAGAUAACUAAUAAACUAAACUCUUAUUUAAAAAAGUAAUCUUGUAAAGGGUCGUUUUUGGGGCAUUUGUAACUCCUAAUGUGAAAGAUGAAUCAUGCUUGAAAUUUGGUUAUUUUCUGUACAGUCCUCUAAAGAAAAUACCCCAAAUCGUGAUCGUUACAAUGCUGGCUCAUUUCAAAAAAAAAAAACAACAACAACAACAACAAUUAGCCUCGGCAUUUUACGCUCAUGUGGCUCGUCAACUCCUUAUUCAAAUCAUUUUUCCAUCUUAGCAAGUAUUGAUUGAUUAUUUUUUUGGUUUACUAUCACCGUUUGAUUGGCGGUUUUCCUGUUAAACUACUUUAAAUAUUGUUUGACAGGCACCUUUAACUGAAGAUCAUUCUAUACAUAGAAAAACAAAUAAAUAAUAAUAAUAAUAUUUAAUAUUUCUAAGGCGCAAAUUAACAUGUGAAUAUGAUCAAAUGCGCCUAACAAACCAUAUGAGUAAUAUAAAUUAAACGAUAUGCUAUGAAUAGUGUGAUUAAUUUAAAAUUAUUUACAAUAAUUAUGUACAUUAGGCUAAGGUAACGAGCUAAAAUGCCAAGUCUGAUUCGUAAGCAUCGAUUGCUGUUACCUAAAGCCGUGAGCUAAUCAUGGUAGAUUGCAAUGGUGAUUUUCUUUCACUUUUUCCCCCUCAUCCUGCCAGGGAUGUAAGCAGCAAGACAAACCCUUUGUUCCUUUGCACUUUCAAGUAUCUGGCUCGUGAAUGACCCUCUUGAACAGAUUUCAAUAUAUCGGGGUGUCACAAAUUGAAAAUAAACAACAAGGAAGAGAACAAAACACUUCGUGCAUCGACAGUGAACAUGUUUAUUUGCAAAUAGAAUGAUGUACAAAUAUGCAGACGCUCUACGUCUUUUAAGCACGCGCAAACAGAUAAAUCUUGAUAUAAAGAUAAAUAGCCCUCCGUAAAAGAAAGCUUACUUUUAAGUCUACUCGGGAAAUCAGACGUCGUUUUUCGAGAACGCUCGUGUGUACACCCAAAUGUAAAAGAUGGCAUGUACUUUAAGGUGUCUCGUCGGCUUGUGGUCAUGACGAAUCACCACGUUACUUUGCAACAUCCAGGCUGAACUUAUCGCCAGAGAUGGUUUUCCGCCAAAACGAAGUCCUUUUCCCCGACUGAAGUUUCAUUUCUAAGAAUUAACCCUACUUUAACAAAAGAUUCAGCGACACUGAACCUGUUUACAAUAGACGUUUUAGGUUCGCUUAGCAAAAACAAAACCAAGAUAAUCACAUCUGUCCUCUCACCGCCAGCGCUAAUAACGUAGUGAGCUGGUACCUGGAGAGGGAAAGUCACAACUUGUUUUGGUCUUGCUCCUAAUAGAUUCUUGUUCUGAGGCUACUUAGAGCAUAGUGCACGAUAUACGUUCUUCACCGUCUACAGAGCUCUGCAAUAUUAAUGCAAAAUUGGACCAGCCAAAAGUUGCUAUCCACCGUAAAUCACAACCUGCUCUAAGCAGUAGAUUCCACGAUUGGGUGUCCAAGUUUAGUAACUCCUUGAUCAGUUUCUUUUCUGCUCAUAAACUGUAUUCCUAAUUCCUAAUUCCUAAAACGUGUGCGAACACGUCACGAUUGGUAUUAAUCACUUUCUGAUUGGAUGACAAACUGGCUGAAAUUUUUGAUUGGAGCCAAUGGUUUAGCGUGGUAAUGCAAAACCAAAGCAAACGUCGAAUAAUUUUUGACACUCAAGUGAAAACCGCCGUAAAGUGAAGCAAUUUCCACAAUCGCACACCAUUUUUAUUAUACAGGUAUCUAUCGUCACCUAAGGAAUGUCGUCUUUCAAUCCAAAAAUGAGAAGCUGUUAUGAAAGACUGUUUACAACUCGCCAUUCUAUAAAACUUACAUUCAAUUAGCUCAUUUAAUCGUUGUCCAUUCGUCAACAACCACUAUCAUAAAACGUUGUCCUGUUUAGUACCAAAUACCUAUAGCACCAAAUACCAAAUACUUAUACCUUCUAAAAUAGCCACCAAAUAAGCUACCACACCUUCAUAGUGUGUUAUCGAUCAACAUACAUUUCUCCUUGCUGUGCACCUUUCAAUUCUUACAUAGUUGGGAGCAUUAAGUCUCUAGUCUUCAAACGUCAACAGCUGCAAAUCAGUUUCUACUUUUUGCCUGCCUACCUAAAAUGGUUGUCUUAUGGUUCGAAGGAAUUCGAUUAAAUUAUUUCGUGCUCUUUUUGUGUUACAUAAUUUUCUAUAAAAA